GUGGUGCGAUGUCCGAACUCCCAAUAAAUGUUCCGAGGCGACACUGCCUCCCACUUUAGAACUCUCUCCCUCUCGCCGGAAAAUCUCCAGGGUUCAUAACACCGUGCCGGAUUCCUAGUGAAAACAUGACAUGACGACAAGCCAGAGAAUUCUAAAAAGUUACAGUCUCUGCCAUGGUCGAGUUCCCCAAAUCUCUCUCCCCGAAGCGAGUUCUGAAUCUCCUCAAGGCGGAGAGGAACCCUCACUCUGCACUUGCACUGUUCGACUCAGCGACUCGCCACCCGGGUUACGCCCACUCGCCCAGCGUGUUCCACUACAUCCUCCGCCGACUCGUGGACCAGAGGCUUGUCGUCCACGUGGGUAGGGUUGUCGAACUGAUCCGAACCCAGAAAUGCCAAUGCUCCGAAGACGUGGCGUUGACGGUGAUCAAGGCCUAUGCGAAGAGCUCUAUGCCCGAUAAAGCUUUGGAUGUGUUUCAACGAAUGGACGAGAUUUUUGGUUGUAAACCGGGAAUAAGGUCCUACAACAGUCUGCUCAAUGCUUUCACUGAGUCGAACCAGUGGGACCGAGCGGAGUCGUUUUUGGCGUACUUUGAGACGGUGGGUAUGUCGCCGAAUGUACAAACGUAUAAUAUAUUGAUCAAGAUUUCGUGUAAGAAGAAGCAGUUUGAGAAGGCGAAGGGUCUGUUGGAUUGGAUGUGGAACAAGGGUUUGAAGCCUGAUGUCUUUAGCUACGGUACUUUGAUUAAUGCGCUUGCAAAGGGUGGGAAUUUAUGCCAUGCAUUGGAGGUGUUCGAUGAAAUGCCCGUGAGAGGUGUGGAACCUGAUGUGAUGUGUUAUAAUAUUUUGAUUGAUGGGUUUUUCAAGAAAGGGGAUUUUGUUAAGGCUAUGGAGAUUUGGGAGAGCUUACUGAGAGCGUCUAUGGUGUACCCGAAUGUUGUUACAUAUAAUGUUAUGAUUAAUGGAUUGUGUAAAUGCAGGAGGUUCGAUGAGAGCUUGGAAAUAUGGAAUAGGAUGAAGAAAAAUGAGCGACAGCAGGAUUUGUUUACUUAUAGUACUUUGAUACAUGGCUUGUGCGAAGCGGGUAAUAUUGAUGGGGCUGAGAGAGUUUACAAACAGAUGGUUGAGAGUCGGGUGUCUGCUGAUGUAGUUACAUAUAAUACAAUGCUUAACGGAUUUUGUCGAGCAGGGAAGGUUGAAGAGGGAUUUGAAUUGUGGGAGAUUAUGGGAAAUAAUGAUUGUCGAAGUGUUGUCAGUUAUAACAUAUUUAUUAGAGGGUUGUUUGAUAAUGGGAAGGUUGGUGAAGCAAUGUCUAUCUGGGAACUCUUGCAGGAGAAGGGUUGCAGUGCAGAUUCCACCACUUAUGGAGUGUUAAUUCAUGGGUUAUGUAAGAAUGGAUACUUGAAUAAGGCUUUAUGGCUUCUGAAAGAGGUCGAGAAUGGGGGAGCUCAUCUCGAUAUUUUUGCGUAUUCCUCGAUUAUUAAUGGAUUAUGCAAAGAAGGGAGACUAGAUGAAGCGACUGUAGUGGUGGAUCAGAUGGAUAAACGUGGCUGUAAACUGAAUCCUCAUGUUUGCAAUGCAUUACUUAACGGGUUUAUCAGAACUUCCAAACUUGAGAAUGCAGUUCACUUUUUUGGGGAAAUGAGCACCAAGGGUUGCUCUCCAAAUAUCGUCUCCUAUAACAUCCUUAUAAAUGGUUUAUGCAAAUCUGAAAGAUUUAAUCAGGCGUAUUCUUUUGUGAAGGAAAUGCUGGAAAAGGGGUGGAAGCCAGACAUGAUCACGUAUAGCUUGUUGAUGAACGGGCUUUUUCAAGGCAAGAAAAUUGACAUGGCCCUCAACUUGUGGCACCAGUUUCUCAACGAAGGUUUUAAACCUGACGUAACUAUGUACAAUAUUAUAAUUCAUGGGCUUUGCUCUGCUGGCAAAGUCGAAGAUGCUUUGCAGUUCUAUUCAGAGAUGAAGCAGUGGAACUGUAUUCCAAAUCUUGUGACCCACAAUACCCUCAUGGAGGGGCUCUACAAAGCCAGGGACUGUGAAAAGGCAUCAGAGAUCUGGGCUCGCAUCUUAGAAGAUGGGUUACGGCCAGAUAUCAUCUCCUAUAAUAUUACUCUUAAGGGGCUUUGCUCUUGCCUGAGGAUAUCAGAUGCUAUUGCGUACUUAAACCAUGCUUUGGAUCAUGGGAUUCUUCCAACUGCCAUUACAUGGAACAUACUUGUAAGAGCAGUGCUUAAUAAUAGGGCUUCGACAUGAUCCUUUUGGGUUUUGUAGUAGCUUCGAAGUCACUUUUAGGUGCUACCGCUUCUUCACAUACGCCUGCUGCUUUUGGAGUUGGCAAGAAAAGCCAAUUAAUGGCCGUAGUAUUCUUUCAGCUUCUGACAGGGAAUCGAUGAUUCAACACCAUAUUGUGUCAACAAAGCAGGUGGAACCAGUCUUUUGGCUGGUAAUUACAGAUGCUUAAUCUCUACUGAUAAUGCUGGGUUCAAGUGUUGGUUCCAGUAUCCAUUCUAUAGGCAAUGUAUAUGUCUCGGUGCUCCCCUGAAUGAUAGAUAUGCAUAAGGACUUUAUUCACCAAUUCGCAACGUGGUGGGCUCUCUAAAACCUGGAUUACCAAGUUGUUGCACCUGAUUCUAGUUGCUAUAGCCAAUCCGUUCAAUUCUGCCCAAGUACCACAACCAUGGUUAACUGAAAAUACAGGGAAGCAUGUUUAAUCAUGAUUUAAAAAGGUGGAUGUAGUUCUACCUAUAGGCCAGUGCUGGUCAUCGACACUUAAAAAUCAAUGAAGGAACAUGCAACUAAAUCUUUUGAAUUAAAUGUUUUUUCUAGCUGAACAGAAUGCUGCCUUUUUGUUCUAAUGUUGUCGGCUAUUUCAGCGUCAAAAAAUCCUGCCUCUGGUAGACCACCACAAGUUGCUUACUAUCUAUUUGACCUUGGAGAUAUGAGGCAGAAAGCUUUUUUGCUUUUGCUUGCUGGUUGGUUCGGCUCUAAUGCAGAAAGUCUAGCUACCUAUAAUCUAUCUUGUCAAGGAGUGUCAAGAAAAGAGAGGAUCUAGAAAUAGAUAGUCAUGUAGAUGUAUCUGAAUCUACAUUCAUUAAGCUAUGAAAAUGUGAAACUUUUAGCUAUGUCUUUUUUUGUAUCAAUUUUACAAUGGGGAAAUGUUCAUAUAGCAUCAGAUAUGGUAACUUGGUUACCGGGUUUUGGGUAUUGUAGUGAAAUCUCCAAGAUCAGAUGUUGAUGAUGCCAAAUUGAAGUAGAAUGAUGUAUCAGGCCCAAGUUGCAAGUUUUCUCUUGGGUUUAUUUUAUCAUGUCAUAUUCAGUUAUUAAAACUAUCAGUAAAAAAUUUUAUACAGAAAUUUAUUAGGAACAUAGCGAAGGAUAUUCACUUUUCUUCCCGAGUCUUUUCCUUCUCUGUAUUUUCUGUUUCUGAUAACAUCCUCUGCUUGUAGUUGAACUGAGAGAGCAAAGCCACUAGAAUUGCUCCUAGAGCUGCAACCUUUCGCCAAUCAGAUGAAGAAGACAGGAAAGAAUCGGCGAGGCCAAUGGCUAUCGGGCCUAUUGACGCGAGUUGAACUGAGAGAGCAAAGCCAUUAGAAUUGCUCCGAGAGCUGCAACCUUUUGCCAAUCAGAUAAAGAAGACAGGAAAGAAUCAGCGAGGCCAAUGGUGAUCGGGCCUAUUAACGCGAGAGAGAGUGAAGCCACUAGAAUUGCUCCGAGAGCUGCAACCUUUUGCCAAUCAGAUGAAGAAGACAGGAAAGAAUCAGCGAGGCCAAUGGCUAUCGGGCCUAUUAAUGCUAGUUGAACUGAGAGAGCAAAGCCACUAGAAUUGCUCCGAGAGCUGCAACCUUUCGCCAGUCAGAUAAAGAAGACAGGAAAGAAUCAGUGAGGCCAAUGGCUAUCGGGCCUAUUUACGCGAUUUAAAUGUUCUUCCUGGUCUACAAUGGGGAAAUGUUUAUAUAGCAUCAGAUAUGGUAACUCCGUUACCGGGUUUUGGUUAUUGUAGUGAAAUCACCAAAAUCAGAUGUUGACGAUGCCAAAUUGAAGUAGAAUGAUGUAUCAGGCCCAAGUUGCAAGUUUUCUCUUGGGUUUAUUUUAUCAUGCCAUAUUCAGUUAAUAAAACUAUCGGUAAAAAAUUGUAUACAGAAAUUUAUUAGGAACAUAGCGAAGGAAAUUCACUUUUCUUCCCGAGUCUUUUGCUUCCCUGUAUUUUCUGUUUCUGAUAACAUCCUCUGCUCGUAGAGAGAGCAAAGCCACUAGAAUUGCUCCGAGAGCUGCAACCUUUUGCCAAUCAGACGAAGACAGGAAAGAAUCAGUGAGGCCAAUGGCUAUCGGGUCUAUUAACGCGAGUUGAACUGAGAGAGCAAAGCCACUAGAAUUGCUCCGAGAGCUGCAACCUUUCGCCAAUCAGAUAAAGAAGACAGGAAAGAAUCAGCGAGGCCAAUGGCUAUCGGGCCUAUUAACGCGAGUUUAACUGUGAGAGUAAAGCCACUAGAAUUGCUCCGAGAGCUGCAACCUUUCGCCAGUCAGAUGAAGAAGACAGGAAAGCAUCAGCGAGGCCAAUGGCUAUCAGGCCUAUUAACGCGAGGUGUCCUCCUGCUCAGGCUCUUGAAGAACAGCCCUUCAUUCCGGCCUUCCUCCAUCUGACCUUCGAACUCUUCUAAUAUGUUUUCGUUCUGCUCAAUCUCUUGCCUGUUCAUCUCAGCGGCUUCCUCGAAGGCCUGCAUGCGGGUCUCCAUAUUCUCCAUUACCUGCUAAACAGAAAAUGAAUAAGAAGUGGGUUAUCUUUGUUUCUCUAAGCACGUUGCAUGAUUUGCAUCCACAGUUUAGAAGUUCAACAGACCCUGGCACCAGCUUCAUCCAGUCCUUUGAGGGCAUCUUCUCCAAUCUUGUCGAACUCAGCAAUGGCUUCUUCACCAAAUUGUGUUAGAUAAGCUGAUCUCUCAUCCAAGUAGUCGGUGAGCCGGACUUUUUGAGCCUGAAGCAUCGCUAUUCUGGCCAGCAGCUCUUGCUUACGGGUAUCUCCUUCGGGCGGAGAAGCCUCUGAAUUGGAAUCAUUGGGCUUGCAGAGGCACAGGAAAGAACUCUUUGUGUUGACGGGUCUUCCCGUGUGGAAAAAGGCAUGCUUGGUGGCAGUGAAAGAGGUCUGAAUGUUUUUGAGGGCAAUCAUCUUCUCUCUUUCUUAUUCUUCGUUUCAGAGAGAGAGAGAAAUGUUUUAUAUGUACAGUAUAAAAGUUUUGAACCUCACGCUGUAUGCAUCAUUAUCUGAGCAUUAUCCGUUUGGACAAGCAUGAUAAAGUUUAUUUGUUAAAAGACGGUGAUGAAUAAUGAGUAAUGCUAUAUAUAUAUAUAUGGGGUUAAAUACCUUA